AUGUCGAAAAAUCCUUCACAACAACAACAACAACCAGAACACACAAUUCAACUCAGUGAUAAAGUUGAUCAGGUUCUUGAGGAGGUGCUUCCACAGAGAGAUCCUUUCGAUUCGAGUUUCUUUGAUCCUGUUCAUUAUAUAAAUCUUCGUUUCCCUAACGAACAAGCCUUGAAUGAAGGUCUUGAAUCAUCCAUCAUAAAAGUCAAGAAGAAGAUUCAACGUGUCGAUGAAGAUAUCCUUGUUGCUGUUCGUAAACAAAGCUCUUCUGGUGUUCAGGCAAGGAGAGACUUGGAGGAAGCAAGAGAAACCAUUCAAAGUUUGUUUAAAAAGAUUAACGAAAUUAAGUCUAAAGCUGAACAAUCCGAACAAAUGGUACAAAACAUCACAAAGGAUAUUAAAUCACUUGACUAUGGUAAGAGAAAUCUUACUGUUACAAUGACUACAUUGAAGAGACUUCACAUGUUGGUGUCGGCUGUGGAUAAGUUAACACUCUACACACAAAAGAAACAAUACAAACAAGUUGCGGAAUUAUUGGAAGCUGUCAAUGAGUUGUUGGCUAAUUUUGAAAAGUACAAAUCUAGCAUUCCUAAAGUUCAAAAUUUAUUUAUGAGAUUUGAAAGUGUUAAAAAGUCACUUCGUGAUCAAUUGUUCCAAGAUUUUAAGAGUUUGGACGCUCACAAAAAUUCAGGUAGAGAAAACGUACAACAACUGUUAUCAGAGGCUUGUUUGGCUGUGGAUGCUCUUGGAGAUUCUAUUAGAACUGAACUUAUUUCUCAAUUUGUUAAAAAUAGAGCAUUGCAUGUCUAUGAUAUGACAUUCAGAGAAGGAAAAGAAGAAAGUAAAUUGGAAAGAAUUGCAGACAGAUACAAAUGGCUCAUGAAAGUUUUGAAAUCCUAUCAAGAACAAUUUGGAGAUAUCUUCCCUAGUUUUUGGUCAGUUCCACAAGAAAUUACUGUUGAAUUCAGUUUAAUGACUAGACAAGCUAUUGUUCAAAUGCUCCAAAGAGGAAACAAUGUUUCUGGUAAAACUUUAUAUACAGUAAUCUUGUCAACAAUCAAGUUUGAACGUGACAUGCAAGAGAGAUUUUAUGAUCCAGACGAAUCUGAAAUUUUGGUAGAUCUUCAACAACAAAAGAGACAACUUGAUCAAGAAGAAAAGCUCUUAAAAGAGGCAGGUCAAAAAUUACAAGAGGGUAGUCCUGAAGCCAAUGACAAUCUGAAAAAACAAUUCAAGAUUAUGAUCAAACGUAGAGAACUUGAAAAGGUUGAAAAUGAUAUUACUAAAACAUCAACUCUUGAUUCCUUAUUGAAAGAGGGUGAUGGAUCAGCUAGUGGCAUUAAAGAAGUUGAAAAGGCAAAGAAGAAACCAAAGAAUAAGUAUAACUUUAUUGGUUUUAUUAGUAGUUGUUUCGAGGAACAUAUGAGUGUAUAUAUUGAAUAUGAAGAAGAGUCAAUGAGAGAAACUCUUUCAAAUAUUAUCCAAAAAGAAACUUGGGACAUGAACAGCGAAUACAGCAGUAGUCAAGAUUUGUUCAUGUACAUUGUGGAAUCUAUGAAGUCAUGCAGUGCUUUAUCUAAAAAGAAGACCCUCUAUGACUUGGUUGAGAAGGUAUUCAAAAAGUAUCUUGCUGAGUAUGCUGGCAUUCUUACUAACAAAUUACCAAAAAUUCAAUCUAUUGCUUCUUUAAAUUCCAACGCUCCAAAUAAUGCUGCAUCAGGAAAUUCUAGUGUUUCGUCACCUGUUGCUGGUGGUUCUGGUGCCUCCUCAUUCAUUCGUAGUUUGGGUAUGUCAAAUAUUUUACCAACAGAAACCUUCUCCGAUAAGAAGAUUAAGCUUACUGAUAGAGAAGAAAUGGUUGUAUUUUACAUUAUUAAUAGUGCUGACUACUGUCAACAAAACAUUGAAAUGGUACAAGAUGAAUUGAAAGAAACUCUUCAAGAACCAUAUUGUGACCAAGUUGACCUUUCUGAAGAACAAGGUCAAUUCUACCAUGUUUUGAAGAGUGGUAUUGAGGUUCUUGUACAUAACUUGAUGAAUGUCAUGGAAAAACAAUUUUCUGAAAUGAUUUCUGUUGCAUGGGGUAGUAUGGAUACUGUCGGAGAUCAAUCUCCUUUCAUUUCUGUUAUCAUGCAAACUCUCAAAGAUGCUAUACCAUUCUUGGCUAAGGCACUUCCUAUUACUCACUUUAAAUUCUUCUGUGACAAUUUUGUAUUGUCAUUUAUGGCAAACUAUAUCAACAAUAUUUACAAGUGUAAGAAGAUUUCACUAAUGGGAGCUCAACAAUUGUUGGUCAACUCUAGGUCACUUGUAAAAUAUAGUAUUAGAGAAUUAAUUAAUUUGGGUGAUAAUACAAGAUUUGAUGAGGAUGAUUUGGCAAGUUUUGCAAGGAAAGUUGAUGGAAAGGCCCAAAAAAUUGAAUGUAUUUUACGUACCUUAUCUGCUCCAAAUGAUUUGAUUGCUGAGACUUAUAUUAGUCUUGCUCCAAACGACCAUUCUUUACCUGAACUCACAAAGAUUUUGGAAUUGAAAGAAUUACAAAAGAAUGAAAAACAACAAAUUCUUGAAGGUUAUCAAAAAGAAUUAAGGAAGAGACAAGGUGGAGAUGCCAAAGAUGCACCUCAAGCUAGUGCUAUUGGUACAGCAACAAAGAAAAUGGAACAAGCAACAAGUGCUAUCAUGACUUCAAGUAAGAGCUUUAUCAAAAAGUUUACUAAGGAUUAA